GUCUCCGUCUAAAACCCGCCCACCAUUAAAGAAACACAUCUCACACUACUUUUGAAUACAGCAUCCGUUUCUUCAGUGUGUAAUAGUUUGUUUCGAAGUGUUUAAAAUGUGAGUUUAAUAUUAAAAAACAGCUAAAUUAGCAUGUUUUGGUAGCUGUGUGAGCACUCAGUGGAGGCUAAAGCGCGCCCCCGCGAGAUGCGCGCAACAGAUGUCUCAGUGAAGAGGAGGGCGCCAAAUAGGAAGAAGAGCAGAUAGAUGUUAGUCCGACUCUAAACCACCACAACCAGCUUCUACAGGACUCCUCUCAUUCAUCUACUUAUGGUCGACCCAUCAGGAUGGACCACUGCGCUGCCUGGACGAAGACAAAGGCUGAAAUCAUGGAGGCAGACAGUGUGAACAUAUGGCCACGCAUGGAACCCUUCUUACUGGGAGCCCUGCAGGUGGCUCCCUCCUCCAAGCUCAGUCUGCACUAUCUUCGCAAGAUGGCGGUCUACGUGCGAACACGGGACGGCUGCUUCCCCGCUUUGGGCUGGCCCAUGUGGAGGCAUAUUGCCUGUGGAAAGCUACAGCUUCCAGAAGACUUUGCAUGGCUCUACUUUGAAACCUUUGACCUUCUUAUAGGCCACACACCGGAGGAGAGGCUGGAGUGGGCAGAGUGUCUUUCCCAAUGCUCUUCCAAAAGUGAGCUGGACCAACAAAGGAACAAGUUGUCCGUGGACACGCUGCAGUUCCUCCUCUUCCUCUACAUCCAGCAGCUGAACCGUGUGUCUCUGCGCACCUCUCUGAUCGGUGAAGAGUGGCCCAGUCUUCGCUCUCGCUCCCCCUCUCCGUCAGACCGAGAGGCCAAGACCAGCUCUCAGAACAAGAACUGGGAUGAUCAGGCCCACUUGUCAUUUGUGCAAAGCCACCUAGCUGAGAUUCUGGAGCUGCUGGUGGAGCCAGGCCAACUGUCAAAUUCUGGACAGGCCCUCAGAGACUGCCAGAUAUCCCUGGAGACUGUUAAGAGCUUGGGCCUGCUCUUGGAGGGCUCAGUCUGCCACAGCAGAGCUGUUCAGCCCGUCCACAGGCUGCUGACCAAAGGUCCUCUCCAGACGCAAGCCGGCUACUCCGAACUCACCCGCUCCUUCGCCCUGCACAAGCUACUCUCAUGUCUCCAGCAAAGCCUCACACUCAACCCCUUUGGGAUGACCGCCUGCCUGUCCUCGGGCAAGAAACUAGCAUGGGCUCAACAAGUGGAGGGAGCCAUGAAGAGAGCCAAAAUAGCCCGAAACACCUACACGGCUCCACCUGGCAGUAAGAUGGUGCUGAUGUCGCAAGUCUUCAAACAGACCCUGGCGAAAACCUCAGACAGGCUGACCGGCGCCAACAUCAAAAUCCACAGAUGCUCCGAUGCCUUCAUAUACCUUCUCUCACCUCUCAGAUCAGUCAGUGUGGACAAAUGCCGUGACUGCACAGUGGUUCUGGGUCCAGUUGAGACCAGCGUCCACAUCCACGGAUGCCAGAACCUGCGGGUGGUGUGCGUGGCCGGCAGGAUCGCCAUCGGAGUCUCCUCGCGUUGCACUAUCCACGCCUUGACGCCCACCCGCCCCGUGCUCCUACCUGGAAACACAGACAUUACACUGGGGCCUUUCCACACGUUCUACCCGUCCCUGGAGGAUCACAUGGCCAGCGUGGGGCUGGCUGUGAUCCCCAAUGUCUGGGAUCAACCCUUGCUUCUGGGGACCGAGGGCCUCGCCAGCCCCUCGCUCAACGCGUCAUCCAACCCGGACCCGGCCUGCUACCGCCUGCUGCCCCCGGCUCAGUUUCACACGCUGGUUGUGCCUUUCGAGAUGGAGGGCGACACAUGUGAGGUGCCCGGGGGGUUGCCUCCUCCGUAUCAGGCAGCGCUUGAUGAAAAGCAGAAGAGGAUACAGAACUGGCAGAAGACUGUGACGGAGGCCCGGCUCAACAAGGAGCAGAAGCGUCAGUUCCAGGAGUUGGUGGAGGUCAAGUUCCACGAGUGGAUGCUGGAAACGGGGCACAGGCAGGAACUGGACAGCCUCAUCCCACCCACGAUAGCCUCUCUAAAGGACUCCAAUGGGCCUGCAACGGAGACGCAGCGAGUUGGUGAUAGCAAACAUAUUAAGACUGGACGGGCAGUGAGACAGUCACCUAUGGCUUGUUGAAGUAGUCUUAAGUUAGCAUGACAGUGUGCACAGACAUGUGGUCUUACUGACAUUUGGAGCUCCUGUAAGUUCUUAACAAACAGAUGAGUAUUAUUGUACAUUAUGUUUGUGGUCUGGAGCUGUUGAUCCAGCGUCUAUGGCAGCUUAUGUCCCACUCGUUCUUGAGUGCAAGGCUGGUUUGGGCUGCUUUACGAGUCCUUACUUAAGAAAAGGCAGCUAAGUCCUCAACAUGUCUAAGCCGAGUAGGGAGUGGAUUGGCAUGUUGUAAAACAAGAUCGCAAGCACCGCUCUUGUGAGGAGAGCUGCAGGUACACAGGGUGUCGCAUCUGUGAAGCCUCCACAGGCUUUUAAAGGGGCAUUUUUGAAAAAGCUUAGAUUUGGGUUUUACAGCUGAAUGUCUUCUUUUGGAGACAGAAAAGCGGGCGCAGCCGAGGAGGGGCGAGGUACUGACUGACUGUGACAGGCUUAGAGACCUGUCAGUCAUAAAGACAUGCCCUAAAAUGUGUCCUCUUGAAGCACCAAUAGCUCUUUAAUAUAUUGAUUCUCAAAACCUACAUUAAGACACAGAGUUUGCGAAAUGAAAUCCUUUUUUUUGUGUGUAAACUCGAUACAGUCGGAUGUUUUGGAGUCGGUAUUUAGAGACCUUUAGAGGAGUUUAAAGCACUUGCGGUUGGUAUCAGCACCAUGGUUGUCACCAUUUCUUCCCAAACCGGCCCCACAUGUCAACUAUAUGAUAUUUUCUAUUAAAAAAAAACAAAAAACGUGCAUUUAAAGAUGGGGAAUGUAGAUGCUAAAUAAAUGUAGCACGUUGGGUAUUAAGGACAUGUUAGUGCACCUACAGUUACUAGCUCAGGUCAUAGUAUUUUGUUGUGUUAAGAGAAUAUAAAAAGUAGCAAUCAAGUGUUUUCCAUUAUGGGAAUAAAGGAAGGAAUAUUAACAUAAUUUAUUGUAGGUACGGGAUUGCUCUGUCCAAGCUGUCAUAUUUGAUGUAGGUAGAGUGGGUAAUCUUUCAAGCACGUAUUUUUUGCCAGACCCCAAUUAUUGAUCUCACAGUUACAUCCACACUAAUAUGUUUUUUUUUCGUUUUAAAGCGCAUAGCUUUUGCUACGUUUAUGCCUAGCGUCCACACUACUCCGGCGUUUUCAAGCACCUAAAACGGAGACGUUUGAAAACACUGCUGACCCCGUUUUAGUUUUAAAAAUCCAGGGUCUGGACGGACAGAAAAGGAGACCUUUAGAAACGAUGACGCAGACGCCCACGUUUGCUUUCGUCUUGACGGAGUUUGGAUGUAGCUUCAGUGUUUUCACCAGCUGUGUGGCCACAAGUACAACAUGCAACGGCAAGGUUUUUUGCGGACUUAUCCUUUAAUUUCCUCCGUACAACCGAAAUAGCUGAUUUGCCAAAUGAGGCUAAAUUGAACAAACUGUUAGUCACUGUUCCCAGAUGUUGUCUAAAUGUAUCUUUAUUUUUGUAUUAAUCCACCUCUAUGAAUAUAUAUAUUUUAGCAUUAUAGUAAGAAUAUUUUUCAUAAAUCUACCUUGCCUCCAGAACCAUUUUUUUUUUAGCAUUUAAUACUUCCAAGUGUACUUCAGCCCGUUAGCUUCCUGUUUCUACACUUCCAUCCUUUACACCAUACUGAGUUUAGAGUUUUCAAAGAUUACAUUACAUCCAGUAGAACUGCUGCACGUGUCUUCAGGGUAGCAUUUUAAGGGAAUAUAGACUUGAUCGA